AGCUGUGUUAUAUUUCAGAAGGUGGACGCUUUGACAACCCAGUCCCUGCUGAUGGACAUCCACGCUGUCUCCAAUUUUUUCGCUAACAAAUAGUGCUUCAGUAAACAUGCUUGCUCGUGCAGUUGGGGACUCCUGAAUCUUUCGAGAGGAGCAACGUGUGAACCUAGGUGUCGAAGUGGGUCUCACCCUCCGGCCUCGGGGCUCUGAGUCCACGGGGAGGCGGGCAGUGCGCAGGUUUGACUGACCCUGGGAGUUUUUCCCAAGCUCUGGCCCCACGCUGGAGGGAAAGGACUUGCUGGUUUGUGCAAAGCAGAAGGUGACUGGUCCCGGUGGGAUGAGGGGUCUCCUGCAGGUCUGGGUGUCAUCAGACCUCCGCUGCCUCCCAGCACAGAGAGACCAGAGACUGGCUCAGAGGCCUGAUACUUAGACGGGGAGUGCAGAUCCUCCGGGGUUCGUGCGGAAUGCAGUCUGUCUGUCUGUGUACUGGCUGAGGUGACCUCCAGCUUUUGCUGGAGGGCAGCUGAGGAGCUGGUGUGGGACACGCUGGGCGUUAAAGUGGCCCCUGUAGUUCAUCAGCACCCCCCCUCCCUGGGCCUCUCCACCCUCAGAUUUUGCCGGGAGCUUUGUCAUCAGGCCUUGCGGCAGACAGCAUUUGACAGAAAAUGCAGACUGUCUUUGUCAGAUCGUAUUCUCUUUUGGAAACGGCCCUUGAUUGUCUCCAAAGCCAAAUGCAUGGAAGAUACCGCCAUGACAAGAGGCUAAGCUGUGGCCGUUUGCUUCCUGCCCUCAGCACCAUGGAUCUGCACCUCUUCGACUACUCGGAACCGGGGAACUUCUCCGACGUCAGCUGGCCGUGCAACGGCAGCGACUGCAUCGUCGUGGACACGGUGCUGUGCCCCCACAUGCCCAACAAAAGCCUUCUGCUGUACACGCUGGCCUUCGUUCACAUCUUCAUCUUCGUGAUCGGCAUGAUCGCCAACUCCGUGGUGGUCUGGGUCACCAUCCAGGCCAAGACCACCGGCUACGACACGCACUGCUACAUCCUCAACCUGGCCAUCGCCGACCUGUGGGUGGUGGUCACCAUCCCCGUCUGGGUGGUCAGCCUCGUGCAGCACAACCAGUGGCCCAUGGGGGAGCUCACGUGCAAGAUCACGCACCUCAUCUUCUCCAUCAACCUGUUCGGCAGCAUCUUCUUCCUGACGUGCAUGAGCGUGGACCGCUACCUGUCCCUCACCCACUUCGCCGGCACGUCGAGCCGCAGGAAGAAGGCGGUUCGCCGCACCGUCUGCGUCCUGGUGUGGCUGCUGGCCUUCUGCGUGUCCCUGCCCGACACCUACUACCUGAAGACCGUCACGUCGGCGUCCAACAACGAGACCUACUGCCGCUCCUUCUACCCCGAGCACAGCGUCAAGGAGUGGCUCAUCAGCAUGGAGCUGGUCUCCGUCGUGCUGGGCUUCGCCGUCCCCUCCUGCGUCAUCGCCGUCUUCUACUGCCUGCUGGCCCGAGCCAUCUCGGCGUCCGGUGACCAGGAGAAGCAGACCAGCCGGAAGAUCAUCUUCUCCUACGUGGUGGUCUUCCUCGUGUGCUGGCUCCCCUACCACGUGGUGGUGCUCCUGGACAUCUUCUCCAUCCUCCACUACCUCCCUUUCACCUGCCAGCUGGAGAACUUCCUGUUCACGGCGCUGCACGUCACGCAGUGCCUGUCGCUGGUACACUGCUGCGUCAACCCCGUGCUCUACAGUUUCAUCAACCGUAACUACAGGUACGAGCUGAUGAAGGCCUUCAUCUUUAAGUACUCGGCCAAAACAGGCCUCACCAAACUCAUCGACGCCUCCAGAGCGUCCGACACGGAGUACUCGGCCUUGGAGCAGAGCACCAAGUGACGCGCCCUGCGGGGUCCCGGGGACCGAAGGUGCCCGUUUGCCACGCGGCACCGGGAUGCGUCGUUUCCCGAGCGCGCGGCCAGGUGGCUUCGGGGCCGGGCGCCCGAGUGGCGGGCAGAGGGGAGCGUGCGCCACGGGCCGCUGUGGCGGCUGCCACGCGGCCGUGCGUCCUGGCGGUGUCUCCUGACGCAGGUGUGACCGACCUGUUGGCCCAAGCCCGCCGCGGGGAUGGGCUUGCCUGCACUUGUGUAAAAUAGGACUUUCCGUGCUCCCCGAAGGUUUUCUAUGGCGAUUUGUAUUUAAAUCUUAAGACUUUAUUUUCUCACUAUCGGUGUACCUGAUAAACGUAUUUGAAAGUUUAAAUAUAUUUUAAAUAUCGUACGGGAGGCACAACGCUGACUUGUAUUCAGAGCGUGGUAGUUUGAAGACUAGUUUGACUUCCGUGUUGACUAAGGAUGACAUUAAUUGUUAGCUGGUUUGGAAGGAUAUAUCUAUAAAUAUAUAAGUAUAUAAAUAUACGCCAGUCUUGGCGGAAAGGCUUUAUUUACGAUAGUUUUAUGUCUGUGUGGUGCUUUGGGGUAUGGAACGACAAAACGACUCUGUCAUGCAGCCUGUGAUCUUAUGGGUGUUGUAAAAGUACGUGAAAAAGG